GGUGAAGCUCCUGGAAGUGAAACUGGCACAUCAUUGGAUAGCUCAUCUGCUUAUCGUCAAGGAACUAUAACUCACAGUUCAGCGAUAAGUCCAGACCAUUACGACCAUUCUCCCUACGGGCUGUAUUCUGUGUCUCCUGGGCAGCAAAGGCCUAGGAGACCCAAGCUUCAGCAUUCAACGUCCAUACUGAGGAAACAAGCAGAAGAAGAAGCUAUUAAAAGGUCAAGGUCACUUUCAGAGAGCUAUGAACUCUCUUCUGACUUGCAGGAUAAGCAGGUUGAAAUGCUAGAACGGAAAUAUGGAGGCCGUCUCAUAACUAGACAUGCUGCUCGUACUAUACAGACUGCUUUUCGCCAGUAUCAGAUGAACAAAAACUUUGAGCGGCUAAGAAGUUCUAUGUCUGAAAAUCGUAUGUCAAGACGCAUCGUGCUGUCCAAUAUGAGAAUGCAGUUUUCGUUUGAAGGACCUGAGAAAGUCCACAGUUCCUAUUUUGAGGGGAAACAAGUUUCUCUUACAAAUGAUGGGUCGAAGUUAGGAGCUCUUGUCCAAUCUGAAUGUAGUGACCUUGGUGAAUCAGCUACCAUGAAAUCUCCGGCAGCAUCUACUGACUUUGCUGAUGCCAUAACGGAAUUGGAGGAUGCUUUUUCAAGACAAGUGAAAUCUCUUGCGGAGUCAAUUGAUGAUGCCCUGAACUGUCGUAGCCUACAUUCUGAUGAGGUACAAAUACCUGAUCAAGUCAGAAGUCGUGAAAUAGAGAGGGACAGUUGUCAAGUUAAACCAACAAGCCAUAAUGUUGAUCAUAGAAAACUUGAUGAAAUGACUGCAUCAUACAGUGAUGUUACGUUAUACAUUGAUGAAGAAGAACUAUCCCCACCACUGCCCCUUUCCCAAUCUGUAGAUAGGCCAUCUAGCACAGAAUCUGACCUGAGACUUCGGUCAAUAAAUCCAUCUCAAGAGUACUGGUCUAUGACGCACAAAGAUCAUAAGAUAGACACUGACACAAGCUGCAGGAGUACCCCUUCACUAGAAUCCCAGGAGCAAAGGAUGAGAAUGGAUCAUCUGCCUUUAUUAACUAUAGAACCACCAAGUGACAGUUCAGUGGACUUAAGUGAUCGUUCAGAAAGGGGAUCAUUAAAGAGACAGAAUGCAUAUGACAGAGGAAUUACUAGUCAGCAAGGUAGUCCAAAACACAUCUCGCAUGGUAUCCCUACCAAGAUAAUAUCACGAGAGGAGCAGGAAACUAGACAUAGGCCAAGGCCCAUUGAUAGCCACUUAGCUAUUAAUGGCACAGCAAACAGGCAAAGCAAAUCUGAGUCUGAUUACUCUGAUGGUGACAAUGACAGCAUUAAUAGCACUUCCAAUUCCAAUGACACAAUAAACUGCAGCUCAGAAUCUUCUUCUCGAGAUAGCCUAAGGGAACAAACAUUGAGCAAGCAAACAUACCACAAAGAGACUCGAAAUAGCUGGGAUUCUCCUGCCUUCAGUAAUGACAUCAUCAGGAAGCGCCACUAUAGGAUUGGACUGAACCUUUUUAAUAAAAAACCUGAAAAAGGAAUCCAGUACCUGAUUGAGAGAGGCUUUGUGCCAGACACACCUGUUGGAGUUGCCCAUUUUCUUCUCCAGAGAAAAGGACUCAGCAGGCAGAUGAUUGGAGAGUUUCUCGGCAAUCGACAAAAGCAGUUCAACCGGGAUGUAUUGGACUGUGUUGUGGAUGAGAUGGACUUCUCAGCUAUGGAACUGGAUGAAGCACUCAGGAAAUUUCAAGCUCAUAUCCGUGUCCAAGGAGAGGCUCAGAAAGUAGAACGACUGAUUGAAGCUUUUAGCCAGAGAUACUGCAUUUGCAAUCCAGGCGUUGUGAGACAGUUCAGAAAUCCUGAUACCAUCUUCAUCCUGGCUUUUGCAAUCAUAUUAUUAAACACAGACAUGUAUAGUCCAAAUGUGAAACCAGAACGCAAAAUGAAGCUAGAAGAUUUUGUCAAGAAUCUAAGAGGUGUUGAUGAUGGUGAAGAUAUCCCACGAGAGAUGCUUAUUGGAAUUUAUGAGAGAAUCCGAAAGCGGGAACUCAAGACAAAUGAGGAUCAUGUAUCUCAGGUGCAAAAGGUUGAAAAACUCAUUGUAGGAAAGAAACCGAUUGGAUCUCUACAUCAUGGACUUGGAUGUGUUCUCUCUCUACCACAUCGAAGACUUGUUUGCUACUGUAGACUGUUUGAAGUUCCAGAUCCAAACAAACCUCAGAAGCUUGGAUUACACCAGCGAGAAAUAUUUUUAUUUAAUGAUCUCCUUGUGGUCACCAAGAUCUUUCAGAAGAAAAAGAAUUCGGUCACCUACAGUUUCCGUCAGUCCUUUUCCCUAUAUGGAAUGCAGGUCCUCCUUUUUGAGAAUCAGUAUUAUCCAAAUGGCAUACGGCUCACAUCAGCUGUUCCAGGAGCAGACAUAAAAGUUCUGAUAAACUUCAAUGCACCAAAUCCUCAGGAUAGAAAAAAAUUCACUGAUGAUUUGAGGGAAUCAAUUGCAGAGGUGCAAGAAAUGGAAAAGCACAGAAUAGAGUCUGAGCUAGAAAAACAGAAGGGUGUAGUGCGACCAAGUAUGUCUCAGUGUUCUAGCCUGAAAAAAGAGUCUGGCAAUGGAACGUUGAACCGAGCCUGCCUUGAUGACAGCUAUGCCACAGGGGAGGGACUUAAAAGGAGUGCACUCAGUAGCUCCCUUAGAGAUCUCUCUGAAGCAGGCAAGCGUGGGCGUCGCAGCAGUGCAGGAUCGCUAGACAGCAAUAUGGAAGGGUCCAUCAUUAGCAGUCCUCAUAUGCGCCGAAGAGCUACAUCAACCCGAGAGUGUCCAUCUCGCCCUCACCAGACUAUGCCUAAUUCUUCCUCACUACUAGGGUCCUUAUUUGGUAGUAAAAGGGGGAAGCCUUCCCAAGGCCAUCUAGCACCUGGCCCAUCACAGCAGCCUCAGCACCCCCCCAUAAUUUCACAUCAGCAACACUCACAGCAUUCUUCUGCAAUGCACCACUCAGGGUCAGUUGAAGGGCAGACCCAAGCACAAGUGCACACCCACCAUUCUCAGUAUUGUCAUAUGCAGAACCCACCCCCUUACCAUCAUCACCACCACUAUCAUCCACCCCAGCAUAUUCAGCACCCACACCAGUACCAUCACGUACCGCAUUCCCAGCACAUACCGCAUUCCCAGCAUUCUUACAUACCACACUCCCAUUCACAGCAUUCCCAUGCUCCCCAUCCUCCAUUGCCCCCUCCUCACCCUGCACACUCUUCCCAUGCUUCGCAUCACCAUGGUCAGCCAGUUCCCCCUUCUACUUCAACCAGCACUAAGUCCAAACACAGUGGCAUCAGCACAAUAGUCUAGAACCAAACUACCCUGCGAGUAACUGUAGCUCUAGACAGAACUGUAAAGGCACUUACAGCAAGCAGAAGCAGCCUUUAAAACUGGAUUUUUUUUUCUUUUAAAAAAAUCCAAGCCAGAAGAAACCUAUUUGACUCCUUUGGCCUUAAGGAUUCAAUAGAACAAUUUAUAUUAGCCUGAUCAAUGUUGGUCUUAUGGUUGAACUCAGUGGUAACCUUCUCCCUCCUUUUCUCCAGUAGCCUUGAAAAAUAUGCUGCUUGCUGAAAAUGUUAAGCUACCUUUUUUUUCAUCCCCAUGACAAUUUUAAAUGCAUAAUGAAAAUAUA